AUGGAGACCCUUGAAAACACGGAUCAGGAUGGAUCUGGGGAGGAGCAUAUUGUACGCGCAGAUGAAGUCGACAACAUUGGAAUCGAUAUAUCUACGGCCUCUGAUGAGCGGCUAAUUGCAGAUGCCAUCUCAAGCAUAACGCUAUCUGAAGAUAACGAGACUAAAGUUGAUGGAGAAGAUGGGUAUGAUGAUGCAUCACUACCCCAGCGACGCUCUCAGCCUUCAGCUAGACCCGAGUUACGACGUGAUCGCGUUGCACCACCGCCACCUUUGCAACCACCGCCGCCAGCUCCUGUGCAGCAGGGCACAGAAAACCAAACGGACUCUGUGAGCCUUGCUCAACUACGUAAAAUUGUCCAGGAUCUGCCAAAGUCUGACCUACCUUCUUACGCCUUCAAUUAUGACGACUGCCAGCCGUUCCCCGAAGAGAUCAAUGAGUGGUUCAAUGACGACGAACCCGACAAGCUUAUGCUUCUGGGUUGCAAGGCCACCUUUGAGCAGUCGUGGCCAGCUUUCUGUCAGUCUUUAUCCGAAAUUCCUGAAUGUGACACGUGUUGGCUGAGUGCAAGCGACCAUCAUAAGAUGGCUUUUAUCAAAAAAAUGAUUGAGUUUUUUAGUAGCACCGACAUUUUCUCUCGACUUGAUGCUUUGGAGAACAUUGCCUAUACACUAACAGGUAUCUGGGUCUCCACUGCUGGAAGGGUGGCUGAGGACUAUCCUUUAGAUAUAACUGAGCACGAUGCUGCAGAGACCCCCAAAAAACGAUCUAUGCAGAUUCAAUGGAUGAUUAAAAAUGCUCAUAUUCUACAACAGUGCCAAGGGAUUCAGGCUUUGUUUAAUUAUCUGCGGAGAUUUUUUGAUAAAGACCAGCCAUUUAUACAAGAUGAUAUGAAGGCGUUUACAAAUGAAAAUGGUACAACUGCAUAUGCUGUCGCUAGAAAUAAGGAGGCUAAUCUACUGCUCACUUGCCUUUACAUUAUUGUUGAGGUGGCACGGAGAGAAGAAAAGCUGGAAUAUCCUAAUUUGGAGUUGAGGGACGCAUUUGCUGCUUUAACACCUAAUUUACCCGGAACACUUGUUGAAAUUGUUGCACGACUGCGCUGGGAGGAUCCUUCUACCUUUCCACUAACAAGGAUCCUUCUUCUAUUUUGGAAAUCAAUUCUUCUCUUAUUUGGUGGUAUUGAGCCUUUGAAAAGAGCAAAAACUAUCCUGGAGCCUGCGCAUGAACAAAAUCGUCUUGAGGAAAAUGGCUCUUCAACUAUCCCCACUCUUACGGCCUCUCCACUCGAUUAUCAUCUAUUUAGGCAGGAGAUUAUAUCUAAAUACCCAGCCUACAAUCCGCCACCACCACUAGUCCCCUUUGAAUUGGAACACAAUUCAGUUCUGCCGCCACUUCCUACUUCUUUGAGUCGCAACUCUUCUUCUGUUUUGUUCUCUGGGGUUGGGUCAACUUUGGCGAGUAAUAAUGAUUCUAUUCUACACCAAUCUGUUCACAUUGCCACGCCUGCUCCUUCUCCUCCACCAUCCCCUGGGGGCCCUGGAAAAGUUGGAAAGAAACAAAACUAUCAAACGAACCAGCAUUUUCCAUUUAUGUAUCCCCCACUAGAUGGAUCAAGCAAUAAUAUUGGAGGGAAGGGUUCUAGUGACCUUCAAGACAGCCUUGUUGGUAGGAGGUGGGAAGGGAGCGAUGUUCCUGCAUCAAUCAUUGAGGCGGGCGAGCUGUUUUCUAGUCGCAUGAGGAUGACAAGAGCAUUGGAACAACUCUGGGAAGAGCGAGAAGCGUUCAUGAAAUAUGAUCGUGGAUGGGAUGAAAGGGCACCGAACAGCGGAUACCGAGGGUUAUCUGAUGAUACUAAAGCCGAUCCUCAAACUGACCAAGGGUGGAAACCUCGAAGACAAACUGAGGAUGAUGAUGUUCAACGGCGUUUAGAUGAAGUCGAAAACUUCUACGUCCGCGCGCUUCCACACCUCCAGUCUUUCGUAAUUGUGGUGUUAAAGGAUAUUUUAACGAGUAUCACUGCUAUUGCGAGCAAAUCAAAUUGCGGUGAUAAUAUUGACGGCAGAGCGGAGAAUGAAUUGAACGGUCACAAGCAAACAUCCAACAAAACCCGCAUUCCAGAGCCAUUCCUAUCCACGAGACAGCUGCAAGAAGCUAGGUCUAGAGAAAUCAGAUUUGAGGCUAUUUCUGGAGCAUUGAUUUUACUCCUGAAGUGGUUUAAACGAUGCCAUAUUUUAAAAUUCGAGUACUUGUCACAAAUUCUACUCGAUUCAAACUACAUCCCUUUAAUAUUAAAAAUGUUCAUCCAUCAGGAAGUGGACCACGCUGUUGCACAGCCCCAAGACCCAUUAAUAUCAAGUUUCUUUCACUUCUGCCACGUUCAUUCUGAUCAGCCACCGGAGCCUAUCCCUCCUCUAGAGCCCACGGAGAUUGCUGAUGACAGUAGCGAAGAUGAAGCAGCUCCGCCCCCGAUACUCCGACAGAGCCAUUCAAGGAUAUCAAUGCUUGAAGAGGCCUCUGCAAAAUCAGCUGCUACCGAUCAGGGCAAAGAAAACGCCAGGUUUCUUGAAGUCGAUGAGCUCGGUUUUCCAACAGCACCCAUUGAACCAGGGCCUAUUGCCACUUAUUCCUUCCGAAACUUCUUCUCCGCGAUUAACUUCCUACACGUUAUGCAAAAAAUUACUCGUGAUAAAGCCCAUAGGUGCUUACUCCUUGUGCAAUACAAAUGUAGCGCGGUGCUACGGAAGGGGCUUAAAAUACCUGACCCACACCUUCGCUUAUAUACCCUCAAGCUGUUUAAGUCGCAAGUACCUUACUGCGGUCGCAAAUGGCGCUUGAGUCACAUGAGAGUCAUUACGGCAAUCUACUUAUACUGCCGUCCUGAGCUACGUGACGAUUGGCUUGCUGGUGGUGACGUCGACGCUGAGGUAGAAGAAUCACUACCUAUGGAGCAAGCCCUAAGAGGGUUAACCCAUUGGUGGCACGUCCGGCAGUAUAAGGAUGUCUUAUCUGCUGAGAAUGGGAAGCCAUUGAUAGAUGAAGAACGGGAUUUCUUCACCCGUGAAUUAGAAAAAAUUGGGUGGGGGUGGUUCGGCGACGAGUUGGCUAAUGGCGUUGAGGAGGAUGGAGAAUACGCGCCUCACAUCGGAGGAGGGCCAGAGUUGGAGAAAGCCGUUCAGAUGGAAGCCUGGUGA